UAGAGGACACCGGCAAGAUGGCGGCGGCGGCACUGCGGCACCUGGCGCCGGUGGGCGCCGGCCUCGCCCGCCUCUCGCCGCAGGGCCGCGCCGCCGGGAGGCUGCUGCAGCCGCGCAGGGGGAUCCGCCUGUCCGCGCCAGCCGCCGUACAGGUGACGGUGCGGGACGCUCUGAACCAGGCGCUGGAUGAGGAGCUGGAGCGGGACGAGCGCGUCUUCCUGCUGGGCGAGGAGGUCGCCCAGUACGACGGGGCCUACAAGAUCUCCAGGGGUCUCUGGAAGAAGUACGGGGACAAGCGGGUGAUCGACACGCCGAUAUCGGAGAUGGGCUUUGCGGGGAUCGCUGUCGGCGCUGCUAUGGCAGGGUUGAGACCUGUGUGUGAAUUCAUGACCUUCAACUUCUCCAUGCAAGCAAUCGAUCAGGUUAUAAACUCGGCUGCCAAGACCUGUUACAUGUCUGCCGGAUCGAUCGCUGUGCCCAUCGUCUUCCGGGGCCCCAACGGCGCAUCGGCUGGAGUGGCUGCUCAGCACUCCCAGUGCUUUGCAGCAUGGUAUGGGCACUGCCCGGGUCUGAAAGUUGUUAGUCCCUGGAGCUCAGAAGAUGCCAAAGGUCUGCUGAAAGCAUCAAUCCGGGAUGAUAAUCCAGUUGUGUUGCUGGAAAAUGAAUUGCUGUAUGGUGUUCCCUUUGAAAUGUCUGAGCAGGCACAGUCAAAGGACUUUGUUGUUCCAAUUGGAAAAGCUAAGAUAGAAAAGGAAGGAACUCAUGUUACAUUAGUGUCACACUCAAGACCUGUCGGACACUGUUUGGAAGCAGCUGCUGUACUUUCCAAAGAAGGUGUGGAAUGUGAGGUCAUCAAUCUGCGAACCAUUCGACCAAUGGACAUCGAAACAGUGGAAGCCAGCGUUGUAAAGACAAACCACCUUGUAACUGUUGAAGGAGGUUGGCCACAGUUUGGAGUAGGAGCUGAAAUCUGUGCCAGGAUCAUGGAAGGACCUGCCUUUAACUACCUGGAUGCUCCAGCUGUGCGUGUUACCGGUGCAGAUGUUCCUAUGCCUUAUGCAAAAAUCUUAGAAGAUAACUGCAUACCUCAAGUCAAAGAUAUAAUAUUUGCAGUGAAGAAAACUUUGAACAUCUAACUUGUAAAUAUCUGUUUUAAAGACCUGCUUUACAAAAGCAUUAAUGUUGUAGGGGGCAAAUUGUAUGCAUCAUUUUUGCUGUAUCAUUACAUGAACUUUUGUACAGUGGGGAAAAGUACAGUGACCUCCCAGAAUAUUUAUAUGGGUUUAUCCUCUAAGCCACAGGUCAUAUAAACAACAAUGUGGUAAUGUUUGUUUGUCCAGCAGUGCAGGUGGGUCAAUGCUACUGUAUGUGGGGAAAAUCUCAGUCUAAAUCCAGAGCAAGAUAAAAAUUCCUUCAUUUCUGCUUGGCUUGUCAUUACUGGCUGUAGUGAGCAGGAGAAGGCCUGGAGUCCAGCCCUGGAAUGGUGUAGAGCUCUCUGGGAGCCUAUGGUUGCAAGGGUUGUCAAAGGUGCAUGAUGCAACUGGAAUGGAUGCUUUUCAUUAACUGCAACUGCACAGAACAGCUUUAAAUGCCUGUGGUAUGGACUCAUAGAGGGCUAUGGCAAAUUUGAAGAGCACUCUCCUUGUGCAGGAAAGUUAUGCACAAGAGUUUAAAUAAAAGUUCCUCAUCCUCUUCAGUAAGUGAUGGGAAACAUUA